AUGCAAAUACAGUCGAUUUCGUUGAUCGUACGGACUGGACAUCAUCGCGGAGCACGCGCCGCGAGGAGCUUUGUGGUUCAAGAGUUCUAUAAUACUUCAUUUUUUUGUGAUGCGUAUACUAAAGAAAAGUUGAUGAAAAGCGAUAAGAGGGGAGAACAUGUUCUAUUGGCAGUACCUGCCGAGGACAAGCCGCAGAAGAAACUUACACUGACGCAAAAGAUCGUCGCAGAAUGUAAGCACUACUACCACGGCUUUCGGCUUCUAGCUCUCGAGACGAGACUUAGCGCCAAGUAUAUGUGGCGCGUUUUGCGUGGAGAUACCCUGUCAAGGCGAGAAAGGCAACAGCUGGUCCGGACAGUCUCUGAUCUCUUCCGUAUUGUGCCGUUCUCUAUUUUCAUCAUAGUGCCAUUCAUGGAGCUUGCUUUACCUAUUUUUAUCAAACUCUUUCCAAACAUGUUGCCAAGCACAUUCCAGGAAAGCAGCAAACAGGAAGAAAAGCUUCGAAAACAGGUUCAAGUGAAGGUGGAGAUGGCAAAAUUCUUACAAGACACUAUUGAAGAGAUUGCUCUUGAGAGGAGAUCCAAGGCUAUUGAGCCUAAAGGCUCCAAAGCGGUUGAAUUCGCGCAGUUCAUCAAGAAAGUGAGAUCUGAAGGUGGCUACGUCUCAAACAAGGAUCUGCUCAAGUUUACAAAACUUUUUGAAGACGAACUUACUCUGGAUAACCUGAGUAUGAGCCAGCUACGUUCACUGUGUCGAGUGAUGUCAAUACAACCUUUUGGAAGCCCAGAAAUUCUCAGAUUCCAGCUUCACAUGAAAUUACGUGAGCUCAAAGCUGACGAUAAGCAAAUUGCUGCCGAAGGUGGUGUUGAAGCUUUAAAUACGCUUGAUCUACAACAAGCCUGUCGUGCUAGAGGCAUGCGUGCCAUAGGUUUGAGUGAGCAGCGGCUGAGAGAGCAGCUGGGACAGUGGCUGGAGUUAUCGCUGAAUGACAAGAUACCCCCAUCUCUUUUACUAUUGUCGAGAGCGUUAUACUUGCCAGAAGAUAUCUCGUUCACUGACAGGUUGAAGGCACUUGUUCAGAGUUUGCCAGAAGGCAUCGCUGAAAGCACUCGCCAGAAACUAACGGAGCUCGAGGGUGGAAAAGUGGAUCACAAAGCUAGGCUUGAUCUGAUAAAGCAAAUUGAGGAGGCAAUUGCAAAGGAAAAGGCUAUAGAAGAGGAAAAGAAGAAAGAAAAGGAGAAGGUUGUGCUGGCCGAAGGCGAGAAAGAGCGUGUUGCCGCGGAAGAGAUAGCUUCGAUGUCUGAGGGUAUUGCUAGAACGUCAACAAAAAUAGCUGAAGCGGCGGCUACAGUAUCCGAAGCAAUUCAUGCGGCGAAGAAGGAAUUGGUAGACGUAGUGCAAGAAGCUGUUGAUGCUGCGAAAGCCACGGAAAAAGAGAAAGCUGUGGCUGCUGAGGCACCUGUCGAUCCUAAAGAUCUUUCAUCAAUCGAACAAAUACUUGUUGGAGGGCCCAUUGAUGAAGCAAAGAAUGAAAUACUCGAACUGAAAGAGAAGGCUAUUGAACAUUCAGAAGAUCUUCAUGAGAUUACAGCACUGGACAGCGGCUUUUCUGAAACGAAGGUUGCCAAGCGUCUCCGUACUAAGCUGAACACUAUGAUCGACAAAGUCGAUACCCUCGUAUCGAAGUUGGAAGAAGAGAAGCGAGCCAUCAAGGAAACGCUCCCAGAUCCAGCUAUGGCGUCACCAGCUGCAACGAAGAAAAAUAAGAACGGGGUUAUCAGUACUUUCCUCUGUAUUCUGCCAACACUCAAGAAGUACCAUCAUUUGGACGAAGAACAGUGGCAUUUGUUUAGGCAUUUGCGCAAAGCAUAUGACCACUUCGAAAAGGGCGUUGCUUUUGUCCGGGUUGUGCUAAAAACUGAAAGAUUAUUCCAGAAAAUGACUCCAAUGACUCUUUCUGCACUUUCAAUGGUUUCGGUAAUGCAGACGCGGGUAAGCGAGCAGGACGUGAAUUCCAUGAUCCGAACGAGUACAAGAGCGGUGCUAGUGGAUAUGCAGGAAACGACCGUCCUGGAGAGAGGAGGCGGUUUUGGACAGCAAAAAGCAAAAGAAAGCGGCAGAGCUCGAUAUGACAGUGUUUUCGAAAGGAGCGAUCUUGACUCCUACGACGAAGGAGAAAAAAGUAGUCGUGAUAUUGAAGAUAAGCGAGGAGGGUUUGGAUUUGGAAGAGGACGAUCGUCACCUGAAAGAGGCAGAGGAGGUUAUGAUCGCAAACCCGAGUUUUCCCGCGGAAGAGAUGAUCGCUUUGGUGAUUCCGAUGGCUUCAGGAAUCGUACAGGUGAUCGUGGUUUCAACGACUCUAGGAAUGAUCGAGGAUUUGGAAAUAGCCCAAACAGAGGAUUUGGUCAAGACCGACGACAAGGGCCUGGUGGUGGCGAUCGGGGACCAAGAGGAAACAGAGAUGACUUCUCACCAAAUGGUGAUCGCGGUUUUGGUAAACGUGGCCGUAACAAUAAUGGCUUUGGUCGGGACGAUGGAGGAUUUGGUCGGAAUAAUGGAGGAUUCGGUCGAAGAGAUGGCGGAUUUGAUCGAAACGAUGGUGGCUUCGGCCGAAACGAAGGCGGGUUUGGUCGAAGCGAUGGCGGUGGAUUCGGUCGAAGCGACGGUGGUGGAUUCGGUAGGAACGAAGGCGGUGGUCGAAAUGGAGGCGGAUUCGGUCGGGGCGAUUUUUCUGGCUAUGGCAAUCGUGACGGUCCAUCAUUUGGCGGUGGAAGAAACGAUAGGAACCAGCGUGGCCCGAGAGAAUUUGUACCUGGAGGUCCUUAUAACGAAGAUAGAAGACGUGCUCCAAGGGAUUGGAAUCCGGAAGAAAACUCCGUCGAAACACUGUUUGAGCGUGAUGCCUUGAAUGCCGAAUAUUUCGACAAAGACCGCGAUGAUCCCGUUACUAUUGAGGGUGAUGAUGAAGACUGUCAGAUAAAGAACUGGGAGAACAGCGGACUGAAUCCGCGGUUGAUCCAAACAUGCGUCGAAAAUUGUCGAUACAAAUAUGUUCGACCUAUUCAAGCCGCAGUCAUACCAAUGGUCCUACGAGGUAAAGAUGUUAUGGGUCAUGCCGAAACCGGAGGCGGCAAAACUGCAGCUUUUGUGCUACCUAUACUACACUACAUUAUGGGCCUCGAUAAUGGCUCCCGUGACAACAAAGGAGGCAAAAUUGUCGCCUUAGUGGUAGCACCUACCAGAGAGUUAGCAAAACAGCUCUUCGAUUCUUUUAGAAAGCACGCGCAUCAAACCGAUGUGAAAUGUUGCGUAGCUUACGGUGAAAUUGCGAGGUUCAAGAAUCUCACGGACAUCCACAAAGGUUGUGAUGUUCUCGUUGGAACUAGUGGAAGACUUAUGGACUUCAUACAAAAAGGAGAUGUCAACUUGUCACAAAUGAAGUUUCUUGUACUGGACGAGGCGGAUAUGCUGCUCAGGGAUGGACGAGAUAGCCAUUUGGAAGUUAUUCUUUCGGACUCAAAGUUUCCUUCUAUCGAGAAGCGCCAAACGCUGUUAUUUAGCGCGACAUUCCCACCAGAUGUAACAGAACUAGCGAGGAAAGUUCUGAAGAACAGUUAUGUGAAAGUCUCCAACGGAGCCAGAGGUAGGGCGAAUGCACGUGUGAAGCAAGAAUUUGUACAGGCGACUGGAAUCUGUGAGAAAAAUGCUAAACUGUUUGGAAUGCUAGAAGAGCAGAGAGAUAAACUUGCCAAAGAUGGUACAAUAAUGCGAACUCUUGUCUUUGUUGAAACGAAGAAGCAAGCGGACUUCGUCGCCCUGAUGCUUACCGAUAAGAACAUAAAAGCAGCCAGCAUUAAUGGCGAUCGACCUCAAAAUGAACGUGAACGGGUCAUCAAACAGUUCCGUGAAGGUGCUGUCCACGUUUUGGUUGGGACGGAUGUGUGUCAACGUGGACUUGAUAUCCCUGCGCUUGAACAGGUGAUCAAUUAUGAUAUGCCAAAUGGAACUCCAGAAGAAGCCCGCGAUAAGUAUAUUCACCGCAUUGGUAGAACGGGUCGAUUGUACAAUGGUGUCGCCGUAACUUUUGUAGACACCAAUAACAAUGAUCGCAGCGUGAUGAAACUUAUGGUAGAUGUGGCUAAAGAAACGGGUCAAGAAGUGCCUGAUUGGCUAGAGAAUAUGGCCAAGACAGACAGCUUCUCAUCUGCUGGCUUCGGUCCAGCUAAGAGCGAAGGAAACAGCGGGGGAUUUGGAAGCUCGGGAUUCGGCACAUCAGGAUUCGGUGCCAGCACUUCCGGAUUUGGUGGAGGUGGCUUUGGAAGUGGAAGUGGUUUCGGAGAAAAUGCUGAAGGAUUCGGAGGGACGAAAAUGGAGAAGAAAGAUGGAGAAUCUGAAAAGAAAGAAUUUGGAUCAGGAGGCUUCGGAGAAGGUGUAAAGAAAAUGGAGAAUAAAGAGAAUGAUGAUAGUGAGGAAAAGGAAAAAUCUGGUUCUCCUGCCCCGCCCGCUGAGAAUCCCCCAGACAAAGAAGCGCCGAAAGAAGGCGAAGAAGAAGAAGACGAAUGGUGAGCGCUUGAAAUAUCUCGAUAACGAGUCUGCGGGGAUGAAGAAGAUCUAAGUAGCACAAUCAGUUUAUUCUCAUCAGUAUCGGUUGCAUACUUGCCUCAAAGUGCCUCAGUAUGACGAAUCACUUUGUAAAUGACUUUUUUCUUGGUUAUUUUGAUUUUUAUGAAGUUCAUUAUUCGGCAUCUUUUUUAAUUUGUUCAUUUGUUGAAGCAUUUUUGCGACGUUUUUAUAUCGUCAUCAAGUUUUGUGCUCUUAUAAAUCCGUGUUGUCGCUUAGCUUUAAACAACUGCUAGUUCCGGUUAUUCUGUUUUCAUUCCAAGGAUGAAAAUAAAAUUCAUCGCAUUU